GCCAGGUGUAGGUCAGUAAUUGUCAUGCUUUUUAUAAUGUAGGACCCCCCCCUUUGUUUAUCUCACCCACAACAACUGAUGUCAACUGAUUAAAAAUGGAGGAGACGUUGCAGCGUCCCAAAAGUUACGCCUGCUCGUUUUUGGACUGUAAAGCCCAGUUCACCAAGUCGUGGAAACUGGAGGCCCACCUGUGUCAACACACGGGAUUGAAACCAUUCUCAUGUGAAAGCUGUGACAAGUAUUUCUCCACCCGCUACGAGCUCACCAGGCACGAACGCAACCACAGCGGCGAGAAGGAGCACAAGUGUCCGGCAGACGGCUGCUCCGAGGCCUUCGCGCGACACGCCAGCUUGAAAAAGCACAUCGCUCGGAUACACCAGCACGACGACUCCCGAUAUCAAUGCACGCAUCAAGACUGCCCGAGUAGCUUCACCAAGAAGUACCAGCUCAAAGCCCACAUGGGGCAACACCAAGGUCUUCUGCCUUUUUGUUGUCAUUUUGACGGCUGUGCGAGGGAAUUCCCCUCGCUUGGCAAGCUGAAGCACCAUGAAAACCUUCAUAAAGGUUACCCCUGUGAGGAUAAGCUAUGCCCUUUCCUGGGAAAGACCUGGUCCGAGUACCAGAAGCACCGCAAGGAGCACAGAGUCAAGGUGCCGUGCUCGGCGUGCAAGAAGCAGUUCAACAACGCUUGGUUCCUGCGCCAACACGAGCUGCGCCGCCACACGGGCGGGAAACCCAGUUUCCCGUGCCCGAAACCGGGCUGCCCCAAGACGUUCACGCGCCGGUUCAACCUGGACACCCACGUCCUGGGGGACCACGAGGGGAAGAAGCCCUUCAGUUGCGCGCACGCGGGCUGCGCCAAAAGAUUCGCCACGAAGGAAAGUCUGUGGCGUCACGGAGUGGUGCACGAUCCACUCAGGAAAAAGCUGAAGAAACUGCUCCCCAGGAAGAUUCGGCCCUGGAGCGCCGCACAGGCCAAGCUGCAGGCCGCCGAGACUGACAAGCUAGUUGCCAAGAUGUCCAAAAUUCAUUUGGAAGACCCGAGAGCUUGAGUCUGUUUAGAAUUGGAUUGCGCUUUUAUUUUAUUAUUAUUAUUUUUGUGGUGGGGCUGGGGUCGUUUGCAAAAGGUCAAAAGUGAAUUUCUGUUCAUGCAAUCUAUUUUUGUUUGCAAAUGAAAUAAAGCCUUAGUAGUACUGCAAAAAUGGCA